AUGGGUGUUUGUGUGACAAAAAUGGAAGCAUAUGAUCAUUUGAAAGUGGUAGGAUUUAUCAAGGGUUAUAAUAAUUGGAUAGCACAUAGAGAACUUUCAAACUACAAUGAAGCCACAUCUAAUUCUGAAAAUACAUCAACUGGGGUUUCAAAUGGGACUAAUGACAUGCAAGACUUGGUCCAUGAUGUAUUUGAGAUACCACAUGGAACAAAUGAAUUGAAUAGAGAAGGGGACAUUCCUGUUUCAGAGGCUGAAAAAUUUUACAAAUUGAUUGAUGAUUCUCAACAGGAUUUGUACAGGGGUUGCAAAAAUUUCUCGAAAUUGUCUUUCAUUAUUCGUUUGCUUCACCUAAAAUGCCUGGGUAAGAUGAGUAACAAGAUUUUUAAUAUGCUUGUUGAGCUGUUGAGAGAAGCAUUUCCAGAGGCCAUGACUAAUUUGCCGUCUUCUUACUAUGAGGCUGAGAAAUUGAUGAAUACAUUGGGGUUGGGUUAUGAAAAGAUCGAUGCAUGUCCUAAUGAUUGUUCUCUUUAUUGGGGUAGUGCUGAGAAAAGGACUUCAUGCGAAACAUGUAACGAGCUUAGGUGGGUUGCUUCAGAAAAUGAUCCAACUGGGGAAAAAAGGAAAAUUCCUCAAAAAGUGUUGUGGCAUUUUCCCUUAAAACCUAGAUUACAAAGACUAUUUAUGUCUUCUAAAAUUGCAUCUCAAAUGAGAUGGCAUGAGGAAAAACGUACAAAAGAUGGUUGUAUGAGACAUCCAGCUGAUUCUCCAGCUUGGCAAACUUUUGACCAUCUACAUCCAGAAUUUGCUAAGGAUUGUCGAAAUGUUAGAUUGGGGUUGGCAUCUGACGGGUUUAAUCCAUUCAACAACAUGAGUUCUACACACAGUACUUGGCCUGUAGUUUUAAUACCAUAUAACUUACCUCCGUGGAUGUGUAUGAAGCAACCGUACUUCAUGUUGUCCUUGUUAAUACCCGGACCAUCCUCUCCUGGGAAUAAUAUUGAUGUUUAUCUACAGCCUCUAGUUAAAGAAUUGACCGAAUUGUGGGAUUUUGGCAUUCAAACUUAUGAUGCAUCCCAAAAAGAAAAUUUUCAAUUGCAUGCAGCUCUGUUGUGGACCAUUAGUGAUUUCCCUGGAUAUGCAAUGUUAUCUGGCUGGAGCACUAAAGAUAGUAAGCAUAAAUUUAGAAAGCAAGCCCAAUUCUUUGAUGGCACCGAAGAACAUGGAAAGCGACCACCAUUGCAAACCGGGGAUAUGAUUGUGAGUGAAUUGGGAGACUUGCAAAUUAAAUUUGGAAAACUUGUGAAAGGUAAUCCGAAGCUGCCUUUCAAUUGGAAAAAGAGGAGUAUUUUCUUUGACUUGCCAUAUUGGAAAGAUAAUGUCUUAAGACACAAUCUUGACUUCAUGCACAUUGAGAAGAAUGUUUGUGAAAAUAUUUGGGGGACAUUGCUGGAUAUUGAGGAUAAAGCAAAGGACCAUUAUAAUUCCCGCCGUGAUUUGAGAGAAAUGGGAAUAAGAAAAGAGCUGCAUCCCAUUGAGACAGAACCUGGAAAGCAAUUGAUGCCUAUAGCUUUGAAAAAGACUUUGCCAAAAUCAGUGCGCUAUCCUUUGAUUCGAUUGAGUAGAUACUUCAGGCAGCUUUGUUCUAAAGUUAUUUGUCCUCAAGAUGUGGUUCGUUUGGAAAGUGAAAUUGCCGUCAUACUCUGCGAUCUUGAGAAAUGCUUCCCACCAACCUUCUUCGAUGUCAUGGUGCAUUUAGUUGUUCAUUUGGCAACUAAAGUGAAAUUAGGUGGGCCGGUGUAUUAUCGUUGGAUGUAUCGUAUAGAGAGGCCUGAAGGUUCGAUUGCUCAAGGCUACUUGGCAGAAGAAUGCAUUAACUUUUGCUCAUUGUAUCUUGCGGACUAUGUUGAGACAAAAUUCAAUCGUCCAAGCAGAAAUGAAGAAGUACAUAAGGAAAUUGAAGAUGGUUUAGAUAUAUUCUCUGAAUCAGGACAUCCUUUGGAGAGGGGCAAGCCAACAGUCUUUGAUGCUCAUAUCAUGAGUAAAGCACAUCAGUAUAUUUUAUUUAAUUGUGAUGCUGUCACACCUUACAUAGAGCAGCAUCGUAGAUUGAUAGAAGAAGGACAUCCUCAAAUUCCACAGCAUCUAAAAGAGCGCUUGCACAGCGAAAAUUUUGCGUGUUGCUUUGCUGAACAUAUUGACAAGUAUGUUGUUAAUGGAUUUCGAUUUCACACCAAAGAAGUUGAGAAGAAAAGAAAAACGCAGAAUAGUGGUGUUACAGUCAAUGCAACAACAUCCAGUUUUGCAAGUAUAAGGGAUCAAAAUCCAGUUUUGAGUGAACUAGUUUACUUCGGCGUCUUGAAAAAUAUGAUUGAAUUAAUUUACGAAGGUCGUCGGGUGGUGUUAUUCGAAUGUGAUUGGAUAUCAAAUGGUUCGAGAAUGAAACAAGAUGCUGAUGGGUUUACUUUAGUCAAUUUUGCAAACGUGAGGCCUCAUGUUGAGCCAUUUAUACUCGCUUCACAAGCAUCACAGGUUUUUUAUGUGGAAGAUCCAACUGAUAAGGAUUGGCAAGUGGUUAUCUCUACCACUGCAAGAGCUGGAUAUAACAUGGGCACAACCAUGGAUGUUGAGACAUAUUUGCAAAGUGAUGUUGGCAAUCCUGUUGUUGAGAAUGAAAAUGAGGAAAUUAGUUGGGUUCGUGAGAAUAGACUUGGGAUUGAAGUUGAUUUGUCCCAAUAUAAUCUGAUUUAG